ACGGGACUCGAGCGAUGAAGCUAAACAAGCUAAAAACAGUUACCGCAACAAGGGAUAGAGCUUCCGGUGCAACGUCAGAGGCCUUCACAAUAAGACUCAUUUAACGCUUUUAAUAUGUCAUUUUGUAUUUUACUCUAAUCGUGUUGCAGUCACAUAUAAUAGUAUUUCUUUAAAUAUGAGAAAACACUUUGGGUCAUCGCCGUGAGUUUUAUUUUGAAACCCGUCCCCGGAAGUGAGAGGUGUGACGCUGAGCUCGGUUAGCAGAGGGAACCGUUAGCAGAAUCCAAAUAACGGCAGAAACACCGACUUCAGUUCGUUAAACGGGGCAGAGAUGGACCGACACCGUGAACUGCCGGAUGUGGUUUUAAACCCGGAAAGGAAGCUGAGGGGAACAGCUUUACCUUCAGAUGUCCAAAAAGUGAUUGUUGUUAAAGAAGAGCAGCAGGAGUGGAGCCCCAGUCUGGACCAGGACCCAGAGCCCCCACACAUUAAAGAGGAGCAGGAGGAGCUCUGGACCAGUCAGGAGGGAGAGCAGCUCCGAGGGCUGGAGGAGGCCGAUAUCACCAAGUUCCCAUUCACUCCUGUCCCUGUGAAGAGUGAAGAAGAUGAAGAGAAACCUCAGUCCUCACAGCUUCAUCAAAGCCAAACUGAACUGAUGGAAACAGGAGCUGAUGGAGAGGACUGUGGAGGACCAGGACCAGCCAGGAACUCAGAUACAGAUACAUAUUUACAACCUGACACUGAUGACAAGACUUCAGACUCUUCUGUAGCUGAGACUGAAGACAGUGAUGAUGAUUGGAAGGAGACCAGAGACCCUCGGUCAGGUUUAAACUCUCUUAGAAAUAAAGAAACUGCUGCCAGUGACGUGAGAUGUAAAACUGGUGAGAAACCAUUCAGCUGCUCUGAAUGUGGGAAAAUAUUUGACUGCAAGGGAAGCCUGAAGAGACACUUGAAAAUUCACACAGGAGAGAAACCAUUUAGUUGCUCAGUUUGUGGUAAAAGAUUUACACAUCGGGCAAAUAUGAACCAACACAUGGCCGUCCACACAGGAGAAAAACGCUACAGCUGCAGUGUUUGUGACAAAAGAUUCACCUGGUCUACUCAGGUCAAGACUCAUCGCUGUGUCGAUGAGUCCUCUCAGCUGAAUGAAGUGAAAUCCUUCAGCUGCUCUGAGUGCAGUAAAACAUUUGGCCGCAACACAAAUCUGAAGGCUCACAUGAGAAUCCACACGGGAGAGAAACCAUUCAGCUGCCCAGUCUGUGAUGAAAGAUUCACUUGGCAUCAUCAGCUCCAAACCCACAACUGUGUCGGUCGUCGGUCCUCACAGCUUCAUCAAAACCAAACUGAGGAGAACAGAGAGGCAGAGCCUCCAGCCAGCAGCUCAGCUGGACAGAUGGAAACAGGAGCUGAUGGAGAGGACUGUGGAGGACCAGGACCAGCCAGGAUCUCAGAUCCAGAUACACAUUUACAACCUGAGACUGAUGACAAGACUGAAGACUCUUCUGAACGUAAGGUCAGUGAUGGUGAUGAGGAGACCAGAGAACCUCAGUCAGGUUUAAUUAUGUGUAAUAAUGCUGAGAAACCAAUCAGCUGCUCUGAAUGCGGGAAAAGAUUUGGUCACAGUGGAAAUCUGAGCCGACACAUGAGAAUUCACACAGGAGAGAAACCAUUCAGCUGCUCUGUGUGCGGUCGAGGCUUUGCUGACAAGGCGACUCUGACAAAACACAUGAGGACGCAUACAGGAGAGAAACCAUUCAGUUGUUUGGUUUGUGGUAAAAGAUUUACACAUAGAGUGAGUUUAAAACAACACAUGGCUCAGCACGCAAGGGAGAAGCAGGUUAGUUGUGUUGGCGAGUCCUCUCAGCUGAUCGAAGUGGAAACAUUCACCUGCUCUAAGUGUGAGAAAACAUUUGGACGUAAGGACACACUACAGGAACACAUGAGGACUCACACAGGAGAGAAACCGUUCAGCUGCUCUGAGUGCAGCAAAACAUUCGGCCGUAAAUCAAAUCUGAAGGCUCACAUGAGAAUCCACACAGGAGAGAAACGAUUCAGCUGCUCAGUUUGUCACCAGAGAUUCACUUGGCAUCAUCAGCUCAAAAACCACCAGUGUUUCGUUCACUCAGCUGACUGUGGAGGAUCAAAGCCAGCCAGGAACCGAGUGCUGAUGCCACGCCCACGCAGCGAUGAACUCGUAGUGUUUGUGUACCUGUAGAUCAGGUACUCAACCUCUGACAUCAAAGCUGACAUCAAAUGUCAGAUUCAUAAUCUUUGACUUCCUCUGUGGUCGAUUUAAAAUCAUCAUGUUGCCAGUUUUAGACUGUUUAUUAUUUAUAUUAUAGUAUAUUAUUUAUAGUAUAUAAUUUUUAAACAGAGUUCUCUGUUUAUGUUUAGACAAUAUUUCAAAAUAUUAUAUUUACUUUUGGUCCUGACACUGUGUACUUCUAUUACUAUAUUAUCUUAAAGUUAAAUGUAAUACUUGCAGUGAUGUGCAUGAACACGCUCGUGUUUUUGGUGAACUGAACUUAUUAGUUUGCAACUAAAUGAACGUGAGUUAACGACGCUCACACACUGUGUUUUACGGACCCGGCAUGUCGGGUCACAGAUCUUGAAACGACACAUCGAGUUGAAGCAUCCGACCGGUCUGGGAAAUAUCUGCGAGUGAAUGAUGAUCACAAGAAAUCAUUAAAGGGUCAGACGAGCCAACAGCCGCAAAGUUCCUCCACUCAAGUCAAACUCAGCGUUUUGUAAAGGACAAGAACGAAGAAAUGAACGUGAAGUAGAUCAUUUUAAUCUGCGUGAGCUGAACUUUGAGCUCGUGUGCAGCGUGAACCUGCACUUAACGCUUGUAUGUUAUUCCACUGGUCACAGGACAACUUGGUUUUGUUUUCUUUGUUGUUGUUGAUGAUAAUUAUUUUAAAGCAGCAACUAAACGUCCUGAAUGACCUGAUGGAUUUCUGCAUAACGUGACACAAGAUGUUGGAAGUUACCUUUGAACAUAAUAAUGAAUAAAGUUUAUCCUUCUACUUUUACAUUUUGCUGUUUGAUAAUGUAUGUGUAUCAGAGCCUGAUAUUAUUAUUAAAAACUAAUAAAAACUCAUCAGU